AUGGCUAGUGACCAAGAUAUAAUAUAUAUUUACGACACGUCUUUAAGACUAGUCAAACGAUGUGCCAACCUAAAAAAACUCUUAAAAUUCCUGGACGUACACCCCAACAAUCCAUUCAGUGUAGUGAAAUUUAUAAAUUCCGGGAAAUUGUACGAAGGCAAAUAUUACUUGAGUAAUGGUUCGACUAUUGUUCCUACCUUGCAAAGAGGAAUAGAUACAAAUAGAGUAGAGCUAUUUUCAAAUAGUCCUACUGGAGUAUUCGUUUACAAUCAAUCGUUUUCUAAGAUACUUUAUAAAUACCAAACAAAAUCUGAAGCUGCACAAGCCCUUGAAUGUCCAGUCGCUAUGCUCGACUAUUUUAUCGAUAAAAAUCUGCUCUUCAAGGAUCGAUAUUUCUUAUUGAGUAAAUCGAUCGAUAGACGUCUAAACGGUCUCAAAUUCGAUGAAAAAUUGAAGGGGAGCGAUAAAAAUGCCAGUCAUGCUUCAGAUGCCGAUAACGAAUCAAGCAGUAGUGCUAUUAGUGAUAUUAGUAGUUCUGAAAGUGACGAGGAAGAUGAACACCCUUUUCGAGAGACUGAUUUUCAGGAAAUGGAUGGAUUUCGAAAUUGCCAAGAAUUUCCAAAGAUUCUGGGUAGAUUAAGGGCCACCAUAUGCUUGGGAAAAGGCAAAGCUAGCAGGCUUCUCGAAUUAGACGCACUGCGACGAGAAUACGAAAGUAAAACGAUAGUAAAUAAGCGAUCGACUCCAAAGAGAGAACGGAGAACACUUGUUGAAGGCGACAAAUUGGAGCCUUUAGAUUUUCCAUCUUCAGAACUCUUGGAAGCAGUUAAUAAAUUUGCGGCAAAUCAUUUCAAAAAAAAUGAUUUAGAAAAUAUUUUUGAAGAAAUGAAUGGUACGGCGUUAGUUGCAAUAGGAAUUAUAAUACAAGAAUAUGUGCGAAAUGUUAUGCUAAAACCACCUGAAUGA